CUUGACAAGCCGUCAUCGUGCCUUUUUCUUUUACUUAUCAGGACUAGAAACCGCCUACCUCUCGCCAACUUUUCAUGUCCAUGAUGCUUUUAUUACAGAAAUUUCAUCCUGAUUUGCUUUCUACACUCAUUUACGCAAUUGACAAACAGAUACACUCUUUGCGGCCAGGUCCAGUUCUUUCCCUCCUUCCCACAAUAUCAGAAAUACUAUAUUCAAGAUGCCAAGCGGAAAAGCGAAAAGUCGAGAGGACAAGUGCGAGGAGUACCCUCAGUUCAUGAGAGGGCUGAAUAAUCGAGAUGCACAUGUAGCUUUCUGGGUCCUCUUCGCAUUGGUGAUCCUACUUAUGUGUGGAGUUUCCUGUUCCUAUGCCAUGUCCCAUGACUGCGAAGCGUAAGUCUAGAUUCUCUCAUCCUGAACACCUCCAUAAAAAGAAAAUACAUGUACUGAAACGAAUAUACAUCCUCAGAAACGGCUGCCGAAGAAACUGCAAUCAAGCCGAUAGACCCUCCUCAGAACAACACAAAAGAACCAAAAUCACCUGCCAGAACCGCUGUCUCUUCACCUCCGUCGGCUUCACGAUCGCGGCGACGAUAGCGUUGGCUUUCGGCGCGUGUGCAGGGUUGAACAUGCAAUUCUGUCAUGAAGAGGAUCUCAUGGUCUUCAUCUGGGCCAUGUGGAGCGUUAUACAAUUAGGAUCCGUGCUCGCGAUGUGGGGGGUAGUUCUUCACCAACUGCGUGCACGGUUUUCGAACGGCCGACCAAGUCCAUGGAAUGUGGCGCUGGGGACGGGAGUGUUAGUUAUUGCAGGGCUGGGACAUUGGUUGUGGCAGGGGAUUCGGCGGUGGUGGAAUGGCGAGCGCGAGGAGGAGGUGGUUGAGUAAGCUAUCCAUCCCUAAACCCCCGUUCUUAUAUCUGGCGUUUACUGACUUUUUCGUUUAAGCGAGCAUGAAGAUCUUGAGCCUCCUGAUAGAGGCAUGCAGUUCAUGUACUCCUCCAAACCGCCACAAACCAUUCCGCCGGGAGCAACACUUGCGCACGACAGAGAUGGGAGCUGGACUGUUUGGGUUCCCUCGGAUGUUGGAAAUGGGUUUAUCAAUGAUUGGAUUUUGCAGCAGCGUGCUGAGGCGAUAGAGAGUAAGGAGAGUGGUGUUGCUGUUUCGCAGGCUAAUACUAUUAAAAAUUUCGAGGAUGGGGUUUGA